UGUGACCUUCCCCCACCAGGCACAGAGCAGGUUGCUGUCAGCAGGUGACAUCGGAGACAUGAAUCCUGCCUCGGUCCAGCACCUCAUUGUCCUGGGGACGCUGCUGGGCGCCAGCUUCACCGGUGCCGAUACAACAGGUUCCUGGUGCUACGAAGACCCAAAAUGCGGUCCAGAGACAUGGGUGACUCUGGGUCACUGUAACGGCACCAGGCAGUCCCCGAUCAACAUCGUCACCCCUGAUACUGUCCACAAUCCCCACCUGGGGGUUGUGUCCCUCGCUGGCUAUGGGGAUGCCAGGAAGCUUAUCUCCAUGGAAAACAAGGGGACGACAGUGGACGUGCUUUUAGCGGAUGGGCUCCGUCUCAGCGCCCAGGGGCUCCCGGCUAUCUACACAGCCAAAUCCUUCCACCUGCACUGGGGCCAGGGGGCAGCCCAGCCUGGCUCGGAGCAUUUCAUCAAUUACCAAGGGUUCUCCAUGGAGCUCCACAUUGUUCAUACCAAGAACAACCUGAGCGUGGCUGACGCCCUCAAGGAUCCCGAGGGAAUCGCUGUGCUGGCCUUCUUCCUUCAGGCAACAGCCCACACACGCCCCUCCCACUCCUGGGAUUCCUUCACCCAACACUUGAAGAAGGUGGCUCUGAAGGGGAAGAAAACGGAUCUGGACGGCUCCUUCUCCCUGCGGGGGCUCCUGGGCUCGGUGGACCUAGCCCGCUAUUACCGCUACCAGGGCUCCCUCACCACCCCCAACUGUGACGAAGUCGUGGUCUGGACUGUCUUCCCCGACCUCAUCCUGGUGCCUCCUGGUGUGGUGGAUGCGUUCCCCUCCAUCCUCAGCUCCACAAAAUCAGAUGCUGGGCCCCGGCUACAGAACAACUACCGGCCUCUGCAGAGCCUUGGGAAUCGCCACGUGCAGGCCUCGGCGGGCCUCCGAGUCGCCACCAGCUUCUCUUCCACCAUGCGGCCUGCAGCCUUCAUCCCUCUGCUCAUCAGUACCGCAGCAAUUGCCUGGCACCUAUAAAGGGACAGAGCCAGAUACGGGGGGUGCUGGGAGCCAGGACUCCUGGGUUCCAUUCCUGGUUCAGCCACAGACUCCCUAUGUGACCGUCAUCAAGCGCCAUCCCCGCUCUGGGCCUCAGUUCCCCAUAGAUAAAAUAGUGAUAGGUUUUGCUCCACAGUCCUGGAGACAGCAUUGAUCACAGUCCUCUUGGAGACUGGGUGGGAACACAACCUUCAGCUAAUAUAUCUGUUAAGGAAAAGUUAGCAUAUGUGACUCCAUUUUGGUUUGGGGCCCACCAUUGUCUAAAAGCAAGCAAGUUGUUGGGGACACUGGGGCAUGGCCACUAGGUAACUCGAGGGGAUGGAAGACCACGAGUGUCGAUGAAGCCCCCUCGCACUAGGCCCAGGUGUCCUUGGCCCCCCCCGGCCUGGAGGCACUCGCAGCAGCUCUGCGUACUAGGCCCAAGUGUCCUUGGCCCCCCCGCCUGGAGGCACUCGCAGCAGUUAUGCUGAGGAUCUGCAACAAUAUGCUGCAGAGUCAGACUGCCUGAAAUGAAGCAAGGCCAAACAGGGCAGAUAUGGAAGAACAAUGCUGAAUAAAGCAGCUUUAUGUAUGGUUUAAGAAAUGAUACAGAGAACAAGGGAACUAGCUGGGAACUGGAUUGGCUGGCUAUAUGGAUACUUAGGGCAGCUUGCUAUUGGAUAGGUAUGCUGGGAAAAAGGAUGUAUAAAAGCCUGUGUAACUUCCUGCUCUGUGUGCAGGAUUUGAGAUUUUAUUCUCCCUGUACCUUUUUGCAGCUGCAAAUAAACUUUUCUGCUUCUCC